AUGGCCGCAUUUGACCACGGGCCGGUGCAAAGGAUAGCCCAGGGGCAGCCGCCAGGCUCCAUUCUACGGCUGUCGGGCCUGAGGCUGGAAGACUGCGAUGUUCCAGGGCUUGGAGGAGGUUUGGACUUGGAGACUGGUCGCCGCUCCGGCCCUUGCGCCGUCGUUACCAAGUGUGAGGGCCUAGGCCUGGUGAGGCUUGCAGGCAGCUGGGAGCUGGGGUGCCCUCGCUUGGAGGCUGGAAGCUGCAGGGCCUGGAGGCUGAGGCUGGUGGAGGCUGGGCGUGAAACUGGAGGUGUGGAAACAGCCCGAGGCUGUGCUCUCACCCGCAGCCUGGAGGCCAACGAGCGAGUGGCAAUGAAGGACGCAAAACAUGCACGCUCGAGAGCGGCUUCCUUAGGUGCGAAAGUAGCGCUGGGCGUGGCCGGAUACCAGCGCGGCCCGUUGCGGCCAGGAGGGCAUCGCGUCCUGGGCGGCAAGUUGCAGCCUUCAUUUUCAAAGCUCGUUGACGUGAGUUCCGUGGAUUUGGCCUGCGGUUUCAAUGUGGCUGCCGUGUUGGGCCAGGGGGUAGGCUUGGCGCUUUUCGAGGCCAUGUGUGGAGCUUUUGAAGUUUUUCGAAGAGGUGGUGACGGGGGUCAGUACUUGCGAGAAGCAGAAGACCGCCGCCGCGCAGUGGACCGCCUGAUCAAGUCGGCCUUCUUUGCCGAGCCUCCUGCCGUGGAGAUUCCCCGCAAAGCUGCUGAGGCUGAGCUGGCGUCAAUGCUGAAAGCCAAGUACCACAGCCCCGUCGUCCUGUGGGGCAACCAUCAAGCCGGCAAAAGCCGCCUGCUGUGGAAAACCUUUCACAGCAUGUCCCUAGACCAGGGAGUGCUGCAUCUGCAUUUGACAAGAAACGAACAGCGCGCGGAAGCCAUGCUUUGCAGUGAGCUAGGUGUGGAGACUUCAGCGCAAGCAACAGAGACGUUGCAGCAGGCGGCCGCGGCUCUAGGUCGUUUGCCCUUGAUUAUCGUGGAGGUCCCACGGCAGAUCAGAGAUGAAAAUGCUCUUCAAAGCUGCUCCACGUUUGCCAAGAAGUUCGCAUACGACGCGCAGCUAGCUGAUGUCGUGGUUUUGGCAAGUGCAGCUGCAACUGCACUGGCUUUCGACGCCGACUCGCGAGAGAAACGAGUCUUUCUGGAAUCACUGAGCGAGCAGGAGUGCGAGCAGCAGGAGGUCGAGGAGUUCCUCAAGCACCACGGAGGAGCCGCUGCUGUCGAGCACAAGGCCGAGCUCCUGCACCUCACCGGCGGCAAUGUGGGCAAGCUGGAGGCCCUCGGAGUUAAGCGCGGUGCGUGUGCUUUGCGAAGCCUUUCCAGCCUCGCAGGAGGUUGCCAAGAACCUGAAGAUCCAGACCUUCGAGCAGGUCCAGCAGGAAGCCAUCGGCGAGCAGGACGGGUUUGUUUUGCGCCUUUGUCUUUGCGCAGUGUUGCCAUGUGCCAGGAGCAGCAGAUCCUGCGCUUCGUCGGCAUCGAUGCGCAGGGCGGCUUCGGCCCAAAAGAGGUCCCAGCUGGCAAGGAGGUGGCGCGCCGCGUGGCGGACGCCCCAUUUCACCAGUGCGUCAGGUCCAAAGACUUCAUGGCACGUUUCACCAGCCAGCACCUAGCACAGGCGGUGAAGGCGCAAGGCGCCCACUGCAUCUAUGUCAAGGCCACCACGAAGGCGGAUGAGCGGUUUUGCGCAGCGUCGCCAUCCGUGCACGCGCUGCUCAAGCCGAAGACCAGGUGGUUGGGAAUCUUCUGA